CUGUCGAGUAUCUUAUGUCAUAGAGGCUCAUGGCGCGCAAGUUACCGUCAAUCGCAUCCCCCGCUGCACCAACUUGCUCUUCGCUGUGUACUGACCGGAUGCCAAGCGGCACUCUUCUUGCUCGGGCUGAGAAGCCUGGUGAGGGGUUCGCACCCAUAUCGUACGAUAUAUCGCUCAGCAAUUUUGACCGGGACAGAGGGGUGUUCUCCGGCGAAGUCCGCAUCCACUUGCACACAGUAGAUGCCCAGUGUGAUAUUAUCUCCCUGCAUGCUGUUGGAAUGACAAUCUCGGCCUUGAAAGUUGACGAUCUUGCAGCUCAGUAUGAGCUUUCUGAGGGAGUCCUCGCUAUUGAAGUUCCUGUAAAACGCCAAGCCCACGAGGUGUUCGUCGAAUACACGGGGAAACUGGCAAGGUGUGGUCCUCUGAAAAGCCGCCUCGAUGGCAGUACCAUAACUGUCGCCCCCCGAGGAUUAUUCACGGCUGACUCUCAUGCUAAAGGUCACGUCAGCAGCCUCGACGUGAGUGACUUGGAAGCACUCGCAGACGACAGUGACUUUCCAAACUCCGCGAAGGAGUUUUAUAUUGGUACGAGUUUGGAACCCCGACAUGCACGUCGGGUUUAUCCCUGCGUCGACGACCCACGCUUCAAGGCUUCCUUCACACUGAGGGUAGCUGAGAGGGACGUUGGUGAUAAUUCGAUCACUUCUAUAAGUGCGGCCCGACGACUCGAAGGUUCGGUCGAGUUUAACACCCCGGGAGACAUCCGACUGCCAACCUACUCUGUAGGGCUCUUUAUUGGCCCUUUCUCUGAGUAUGUGGCGAGUGAUCGAGUGCGAAUAGCAUAUUUUUGUGAAGAAGACGGUUUCUCUGACACCUCGAACCACACACUUCUCGACAAACGACAGCGUCACAGUCGAGAUCGCCUGGAGCUCACGCCAGUUGUGAGUGGACAUGCGGCUGCGUUUGCCUUAGAGAAGAUGAUGCUCUGGUUUGGUGAAGUAACGCCUUAUCCUUCGCCACCUAACCUGUUGCGUAUCGUGGCUCUACCUCAUCAUCGUGGUCUCGGCCUUGAAACUUUCGGUAGCAUCUCGGUGAAGGAUACCUAUUGCUUGUUGCCGAAGAUUGCCAAUGAGAUUCGUACUAUGGAAAAAGAGAAGAAGCUGUACCCGGAUGGUCAGGGGACACUUAUUGCUCCGAAAUUGAAGCAUCUGUCGGAGUUGCUUAGUCGUAGACGGCGCACCGCCCGACUGAUGUGCCACGAGGUUUCCCAUAUGUGGUUUGGUGACAUGCUCACCCCGAGGAGUUUUCAACAACUCUGGCUCAAGGAGGGUAUGGCCAGACUGCUCGAAUUCAUCAUGUGCGAGUUGUUACCGACCUGGACGGAAGACGCUCGGAUCUCCACGAAGGAACUGCAUGUGCUCAAUUCGUGUCUCGGGAAAGGGAUUUGGGAGCAUUUCAUCACCGAUGUCCAACUUGAUGCGAUGUUGGCUGACGCUUCACCGGCAAGAUCUCAUCCAAUCGAGUGUCCAAAGGCGAGCACUAGUGGGACUGAUGACACCGAAGUGGUCUUUGAUACCAUCGCCUAUGGUAAGGGGGCAUGCGUGCUUCGGAUGCUCCGAAGCGCCGUUGGAGAAGAGGCCUUCAUCAAAGGUUUGCGAUCACUCUUGAAGAGCCAUGGGCAGUCCACCUACACUGAAGAGGAUCUGUGGCGUGCCAUGGGAGAUGCUUCCGGAUGGCCAGCUAGGGAGAUUGCUGAUUGGAUGAACACGUGGCUGCGAGAGCCGGGCUUGCCUGUGGUACACUCAGCGGUAGAAGAACUGAGAAACGGCUACGCUUUGAAGCUGUGGCAGCUAGAGGAGCCCUGUGUGAUUUCCAAGCGACCGCCGUGGAUUACAGGGAUGGAAAGAGGAAGCGAGACUGAGUUCGAUGGUCGAUUCAGCCCAAGGCGGAUACCCCUGAAAUUGAAGGUAUGGUGGCUGAAACAUAAAUCCGUGGUCCAUGAAGACAACCUUCACUGUUGGCUGGAUUCGAAGCAUGUGCCUGGUAACCCGCUGGAGAUCAUCAUAGACCGCCCAGAUGCUUCUGACUGCGAGUUGGCAUUGCUCAUAAACCCCGAACUUGAGAGUUUUGUGCUUUGUCCGCCGCCAUCAUUCGAGACGCUACCACCAGUGGGUUGUCUCAGCCGAGUCCAACAGUGUGCUUUGCUGGCCUCCUUGGCGCUCGAUAUCAAGCGGCGUCGAGAGGCCUGUGUUGCAGGCGCCGCGCAUGAUGUGGAAAAGGAGUGGUAUUGGAAGGCUCUAUGGGCACUAGCCGGCGCUUCUGAUAGUGGUAAACUCUCAGCAGCUGGUGCGUUCUAUACAGCUGUUGAAACUGAGUGCGAGGUGAGCCUCACGUAAUUGAUUGUUCACCGGGGACGACGUUACUCAGGAAAUUGCCUUGGAGGUAUUCCGGCUGCGGAAUGCUAAACUUGGAGUAGAUGCUGGACCGGCCCUUCCCAGUUCGUAUGAUGCUGCAAUCGAGACAGGUCGUCUGAAGAUAGAGAGAUUACAAAGGCGUGUUGACAAUCGGCGGAGCGAAGUUUAUCAUCAAGUUUUUCACACUAGUGGCGCCGAUGGGAUAGUCGCUGCCUUGGACGAAGAGCUGGGGUA